AUGCAGCUGACUCUUUCGCACACGUCCGCGCUGCCGACGACGCGCGCGGUCACCCGCGCGCGUCCCGCGCGCCGCGUCGUCGCCGUCUUCGCGUCUUCCAACACUCACCACACCCCAUCCUCCGCCACCCCCGCCCCCCCGUCCUCCACAGGCCUCGUCGCGCUCCAGCUCCUCGUCGCCGCGUCCCCCGCGCGCGCGGAAGACGUCUUCGUCGAGCGCGCGAAGAACAAGUCAGAGAUCCUCGCCGCCGCGCGCGCCAAGGCUGCGGCGCAGGCGGCGGCGCAGGCGCCCGCGGAGUCGCUCGCGCCCGCGCCGGAGACGCGGUUCAUCCCGGAGACCGUGGAGACCCCGGCCGGGGACGUGGACGCGAGGAAUCUGGCGCCGCAGGAGGGCGGCGACGGCAGCUCGUGGGCCGCGAGCACGUACGAGGAAGGGGCGGCCGCGGAGGCGCCGGCGCCGGCGCCGGCGGCGGAGGAGGAGGCGGCGCCGGCGAACGUGAACGAGGGCGGCGGCUUGUUCGGGCUGUUCGGCGGCGGCGGCGGCGGCGCGCCGGAGCCGGAGCCAGCGAAGGAGGCGAGCGGGAAGAAGUUUGGGCUGUUCUGA